AUGUCGAAACCAUUGAUGCGCAUUCCCUACACAGGACCGUUGCCACCACCAGUCAUAUUUCCCAGGUCUGCGAAUACAUCAUCUGGCGCCAUACAUGCAAUAUCCAAGUUCCUGUUUAAUCCAUCCGACAGUGCUCGGGGAGAUGGGUCGAAGAAAACGGUUCUACUGACAGGAGCCGGCAUAUCGGUAGCUUCUGGGCUGGCAGAUUAUCGCGGUACAGGAGGUACCUACACCUUGAACAAAACAUAUAGACCUAUCUAUUACCAUGAAUUCAUCUCGAACCACGAAGCAAGGAAGAGAUACUGGGCGAGGAGCUUUCUUGGGUGGACGAAUCUGAAUCGUGCAAAGCCAAAUGUUGCUCACUAUGCUGUGCGUGAUCUGGGAUCUGCGGGUCUCUUGAGUAGCGUAAUCACGCAGAAUGUGGAUUCAUUCCACUCCACAGCCCAUCCAAGAUUGAAGACGAUCGAGUUGCACGGCUACCUCAGAUCGCUCGUUUGCAUCCAUUGCCACAACGAGCUGCCGAGGAAGGAAUUUCAAAAGGAUCUCACUACCUUGAAUCCUGCUUGGGCUGCAUUUCUUGAUGAGAUGCUGGCGGUGGGCGCACUCGACUCGGAGAAUCCUGACGAGCGAAAAGCCAAAGGCCUCAGGAGCAAUCCCGACGGCGACGUUGACGUACCAAAUGCUCCAUACUCGACUUUCCGUUACCCAGCGUGCCCGACUUGCCUAGCGACUCCGCCAACCCUUGCGGAUGGUUCUAAAGCGAAAGUUGAGAUUGAUCAUGAUGGGGCGUGGUCUCCAAGCUCCACAGCUGGAGUGCUCAAGCCUGCAGUGAUUAUGUUUGGCGAGUCUAUUCAUGCUGAUGUCAAAAGCGAGGUCGAAAAGGCCAUUGAUGACGCUGCGAGAGUUUUGGUCGUUGGAUCCAGUUUGGCUACGUAUUCAGCUUUUCGACUCAUCAAGAAAGCAAAAGGACAGGGUAAACCGAUCGGUAUCUUGAAUCUGGGCGGGAUUAGAGGAGAACAAGACUUCUUCACUGAGAUUCCUGCCAUUAACCAGGGAGAACUAGGUGUGAGAUGCAACGAAAGUGCUAGUAGCAUUCUGCCUCUGAUUGUAGAUGGAUUAAAGCGAGCGGGGGUUUUCGAAUCCAAUCCGAAAAUUUGGCACGAGAUGAAGUGGGUGAUAUUGGACAUUAUGAGUCUACACCUUUGCGAAUGCCUUCAUGAGCAUUGUGACUCCUUGGGUAUAUAA